ACCCGUGCGCGACAGCCCCACAUGCCGAGUCUGCCAACCCGCGGUAAACAUGGCCACCGUUCAGCUGAGUGAGGCUGAGAAGGUGUACGUCCUGCAUGGCAUCAGGGAUGACCUCCGGGUGGACGGCCGGAGCUGUGAGGACUACAGACACAUGGAGAUAGAGACGGACGUGGUGUCCAACACGGACGGCUCGGCCAAAGUCACGCUGGGUCACACCGCGGUGCUGGUGGGGAUCAAGGCGGAGAUGGGGAAGCCCAGACCCGCGCAGCCGGCAGAGGGAUACAUGGAGUUCUUCGUCGAUUGCUCGGCGAACGCCACCCCCGAGUUCGAAGGUCGCGGGGGGGAGGAGCUGGGCAUGGAGCUCACCAACACGCUGUACCGGGUGUUCAACAACAAGCGCAGCGUGGACCUGGCCAGCCUGUGCAUCAGCCCGGGGGAGCACUGCUGGCUGCUCUACGUCGACGUGCUGCUCCUCCAGUGCGAUGGAAACCUCUACGACGGCAUCUCCAUAGCGAUAAAGGCAGCGCUGUUCAACACAAAGAUCCCCAAAGUGCUGAUCUCGGAGGGGGAGGACGGGGGGACAGAGAUCGAGCUGUCAGACGACCCGUACGACUGUGUGAGGCUCAGCGUGGACAACGUGCCCUGCAUCGUCACGCUGUGCAAGGUGGGCCCCAGGCACGUGGUGGACGCCACGCUGCAGGAGAAGGCGUGCUCGGUGGCCAGCCUCAUCAUGGCGGUCACGCCCGCGGGCACGUGCACGUGCAUGAGGAAGGUGGGCGGGGGCAGCCUGGACCCCGAGAGCAUCUUCGAGAUGACCGAGGCCGGUAAGCGUGUGGGCCGGGCCCUCCACGGGCCCCUGAAGGCGCUGCUGAGCCAGGAGGAGGCCCUGGGCCAGAAGAGGCAGAAGGUGGGCUUCCUGGGAUGAGCCCCCCACGGGUGUAAAUAUGAAGUCUGUCUUUUGUAAUAAAACCUUGUUUUUCUACAGCC